GCCAAGGCAGGAAAGACUUGGAAUAUAGAGAAGCUCAGAGCUGCUGUUCCUGGCAGACGAAAAAAUCCUUGUCUGUAAUAGGCUGAAACUCUUGAUACUUCAGUAACUUGCUCCUUGUUAUCAUUUCUCAUCAACAUGCAGAUUGUUUUGGGAAUCUUCCUCAUCUCUGUGUUUCUACCAAUGGGCAGUUCUCUGGAAUGUGAAGUUUGCACUGGCCAAGGCAGCAGUUGUACUGGCGAAAUGAAGACGUGUGAAGAUGGCCAAGAUACCUGUGCAGUUAUAUUGGCUGCAAACUCACUAGCUGGGGAGCCGACUUUGACAGUGACAAAGGCCUGUGAGUCCUCCUACGUGUGCAACCAGCCCCCGACUUACAUGAAUUUAGGAAGAGGGAGAUAUGUACAGUCAAGUGUGGCCUGCUGUGUGGGAGAUCUCUGUAAAACAGCCUAUCCAAAAUUUCCACCGGUCAUGAGUAAACCCAAUGGGAAGCAAUGCCCAGCCUGCUAUUCCUUCUCUCUCAAUGGGUGUGAAACAGAGAUGGUGGAUUGUGUUGGACCUGAGAACUACUGCCUUGACAUAGUGGAAAAAGUAACAUACGGUAAAUUUGUCAUCGAUCUCACCAUGAAAGGUUGUGUUACAGAAGCUCUGUGCGCUACAAAAGAUGGGGAAGUAGCUUCUCCAGGAGGUCAUACUGAUAUUGUUAAAGCUACCUGUACCCUAGCUUCCGCUGCAGCUUGAAUUUUUCCUUGAUCACUGCAUGUUGCUGAUAGUAAGACAACUUCUGUUAGGAGAAACUUGUUUGUGUCUAGAGCUUUCAUUUCCAGUUGGUU